UAUGAAAAUAAAAGGUCAUCAAUGUAAAUUACAAGCCGAAGAUGAUGUGUUAUCAAAAUAUAUAUGUUAUGGAUUGUUCAUAAAUACCAGAAGAAAAUUAAAAAAACUUGCACUUAUAUCACCAAAUCAUCCGUUAACAAAAGAAAUGUUUUCAUCCUCAAAAGGCAUACAAUUAGAAAGGGAACGUCAUUUAAUGCAUUUUUAUUUUAUAAUUCAUCCAUUCAGCAUGAUUAACAAGAUGCAACUACAUAUAUGCCUUAAACACGAUAUCGUAUUUACAAUAGGCAGCACCGACGAUUUCUUAUACUUUAUUCACACCGGAACAGUCGCAAUAUUUUCAAAAAAUGGUGACGAAUUAGCGCACUUUGGGCAAGGAUCGUACUUUGGUGAAUUCAGUGUUAUUCUGGGACUUCCACGAACUGCCACUGUUGUGGCCAUAACAGAGUGUAAGCUGUAUAAAUUGUCUCGAAGUGAUUUUAUGGAGAGUUUGUUGCCAUAUCCUGAACUUGUUGAAAAUCUUAUGGAGUUUACGAAAAAACGAUAUGCCGCUCUAUUGAAAGAUGCGGUAAUUCAAGAUUAAACCAAUUUACUAUAUAAUUUAUUUGAAGCAAAUUAGUUUAUUAAGGUCAAAACAUGUAAAU